AUGAGCUCUACCUACCAGUCUGACUGGAAGAAGGAGUUGUACAAGGCAAAUAGAUCAACUGUACUCACUGUUUCAAAUGAAACAGACUAUAUAUUACAACGACUCUCUGUAAAGCUACAUCAAGGUCUAUUGCGUGUAUUCCCACCAGAGACGAUUGCACCAAACUCAAAGGUAGACUUUGCAUCAGAGAGCAAUGCGAUGCUCACAGGAACAAAGGGCACUGUCAUAUACAUGGCACUACCACCUGGUAUGCCACCAUUACCCAACAGUGCAUUACAGACACCUCAACAGAUGAUCGGCUUGAGAUUGUGGGAACCUUUCCUCUACGUCACUAUCGAUUGGUCCAAUCCCUACUUCACCACGCACUCCUGCUCCAUCUCCACUCAGACUCCACUCGAGUCAAAGUACUAUCAAUCGCACGAGGAGAUCAACCGUCAGAUACACUCAGAGGUCAAGGUGCACAUCAAAGGACGAGUGCCUCAAUUCAAGAUUCUAAAGUCACCUCACUCACCAUCACCAAACAACUCUAGCUCAUCACUAUCAUCAUCCCUCUCACCUUCCUCUCUAAUGUCCUCUCCGCCCUCACCUGGCAACUCCUCCGGCAGCAUUCCCAACACCCGUCCCAACUCUCUUCCACAUGUGGCCUCACCAUUGGCCUUUUUCUCCUCCCUCUCACCAUCCACAACAACAAGCAAUCCUUCAUUCCCAUUGCCCUGGAGCACUCUACCAGGUGGCACACCAGCGGACAAGGAGAACUGGAAGCAUACGGUCCGUCGCGCAACCAGAGGACAGUUUGUAUCAAUCACAAACAAAACACCCCGUCUUCUCAUUCGACGAGACUAUGUUCUUGAUCACGGCAGUUGGGCAGAGAUACCACCCGAGGGUAUACCACCUGGAGCCACGAUUGAGUUUGGAACGGCAAGUGGUCUGUGCGCAGGUACCGAUGGCUCGAUCUUCUACUACUCCAACGGUCUCAAGGGAGACUUCAAGAUGUCAUUCAACAACCCAUUCAUUGGUGAGAACACCUUUAGCUAUCACUGUCCACCCAACUUUGUAAUCGAGAAGCAAGUGGUCCCAGGCACAAUAUCCUACGUGUACUUUACCAUCAUUGACAAGAGUUUGGUGCCCAGCGGUCAAUCCUCAACUACAUCGACCUCUCCAUCAAUGCACAAGGAUCUAAAGACAGCUGGAAGUGAUCUGCCUGAUGACUCUAUCCGUAUAAUGUCUCUAAACAUUGGUCUGCUUUCGAACCACUCAAUGCCACCAGAAGUGAGAUGUGAGCAUGUGGCCAAGUUGCUCGUGAACCUGCCAGAAAAGUACGACAUCAUCUGUCUUCAAGAGGUGUUCAAUGCCCAAUCCAAGGAGCUGUUGAACAAGUUGCUCAAACCAUUCUACUCGUACAUCGUGGACAAAUCAGGAGAGGACAGCGGUUUAUACUUUGCCAGCACAUUCCCAAUACUCUGGAGUGACUUUAGACUGUUCAACGAAGGUAUUGGGCUGGACGUACAUGCAUCGAAAGGUGUACAAGGUGUCAAGCUAGACAUCUCGUCCGUAAAGGAGAACAGCUCUCUCUAUGUAUUCAAUGCCCACCUUCAGUCCAACCCCGAUGGCUCCUUGGCUUGGCAGAUGGUGUCUGGCGAUGAUAAGCUCAAGAAGGCCCAGACCGUCAGAACACUACAGCUGCAGUCGAUUCGGGACUUUAUCUCAUCAGAGAUCUCUCGAAACUCUGGUCAAAAGAAUGCUGGUCUGAUCCUAUGUGGUGACAUGAACAUCGUUGGCGAGGCCGAGCAAGUGAUCUCUGACGAAGGUAGUGCCGUACUCUCUCAGAUCAUACCAGAGCUUGCCAAGAAGAUCAACAAGAAUGAAAUGCCCGCCACAUUCAGUCAUCAGCUGCUCGAUAAUCUCCUCAACAACAAUGUCCCAAUCAGGUACUUUGGUCUUUUGAGAUCUCAGAUCAAUGGUCCACGAAUGAAGUCAUUGAUGCUCACAGAGAUGAUCUCAUACAUUAUCAAGAAGGAGAUCAUCGAGCUGUUGUCACAGAGACACAACCAGACCUCCUCCAUCAAUGAUGACGAGUCAACAUAUCGCGAUAUCAUUCUCGAGACAUUCAACUGUGUCUUCCACUAUGACACGAAAGCAUCCACUGACUACUGGACAAUGACUUUGAAGCGGCGUCUACGAGCGGAAUUCUCCUCAGGACUCACUGAACUGGAGGAGUUGGACUUUGUCGACCUUAGAAACCACGUUAUCAAUCUACAGUUGCUCACUAGUUUGAAGCGAUCGCUCGAAGUCACACUGGACACCAAGGCCAACUAUCAGCUGAUUAAGGGAUCUCGAUUCAAAUCAAAUAUGCCAGCUCCCCUCAUUGUCAGCGAGCACAUUGAGGAAUUGAUCCUACCUCCACUGACAAGCUAUUGGAGCAUUGACAACAACAGUGAUAUUAGCUACAUCUCCAGUUUGGACAAGAUGAAUCUGAGUGGCAGUGGUAACACCAACUACAGCAAUGACGCAAACGAGGAGAAUAGGAUCAAGAUAUUCUUGCGACCAACCGAGGAAUACGAAUCAAUGAAGGUGAUUCUGGGCUCCCCUAACGAUCUCUAUCGUCUGUCCAAUCCACACCAGCCUGGCUACACCAUACACCAAUCGCUAAACCAGAUGGUCAACAAGGUCUCUGCCAAGGAGCGCAUCGACUACAUCUUUAGCUUCAACCUUUCACCCAACUUUGGUGAUGACGAAGGUCGCAACCAACUCCUUCGAAUGACCUGUCUAGAGUCCUCCAUCCUGCCAAUGGGGGCAACGCCACAAACAAGACUCUCUGAUCACUUUGCUGUGGAGUGCGUCCUCCGUGUGGAUGACUCAACCACUUCCACCUCACCAACAUCACCUGUAAAUAGAAAACAGCAGCAGACACAGCACAAUCGUUCGACAUCCAAAGGAUAG